AUGGUUGCGCAGCGGCCGCGCCCCAGCGGUGUGCCCGCGCCGGUGGAAGUCAUCCCGCCCUUGCGUGUCUGGCGCUACACGACCCCAACGCCGACGGGAGGCGUUGUGCUGCUCGUCGACGCCGGCGGUGCGGUGCGGCUCUGCAACUGGACGGACUGCGAAAACGACGCGGUCCUCCGACUGCGGCGGGCUUACCAGCCGCGGGAGCUCGUGAUUGUGGACGCCGCAGAGACGGCACAAAAGGAGGAGGACGGCGACGAAGUGACAGGCGACGCCCGUGCGCACGCGGUGCGGCAGCUGCGGCGGUACUUCAGUUGCUCCCCGCCCCCCAAGAGCGAGGCGGCGGCGGCGGCGGCCUCCGUGUCUAUUUGCCAGCAAACACUGCACGCACUCCUCGGCGGCGUGACCGUGCAGUGCCCCCCAUCGACGCCGUUCAUGCAGGCUGCGUGGGCAGCACUUCGUGAGGUGCGGCCGGGAGAGACCACGACGUACGGCGCCCUUGCGAGGCGGUGUCGGCGGCCAAACGCCAGCCGGGCGGUGGGGCGGGCGAUGCGCGAGAAUCACGUGUGCCUCUUUUUGCCCUGCCACCGCGUCGUUGGGGUGUCGCGGGCGUUGACGGGGUUUGGCGCUGGGCUCUGGCGCAAGGCGUGGCUGCUGCGGCAUGAGCAGGCCGCAAUUCCGGCCAGGCUGCUUCAGCGCGUGGAGUCCGUGCAGACGACCUCCCUCAAGCGUAAAAGGGAGGGCGAUAGCGAAUGA